AUGAGUACACACAAAGAUAGUAAGGACAAUAAUGAUAACAAAGAGAAUAAGGAGAGUGGGAGUGGCACAAAAAAGGUUGUAAAGGGUAGCACUCCAAAUAAAAACAGCAAUUGGAAAAUAAAAGAAAGUUCAUGGGGAAAUGAAGACAAAAACAUAAUUAAAAAGGGAAGUGAUAAUAAUACUAAAGAAAAAAAUGUUAUAAAAAAAAAUGAAAAUAAAAAGGAGAAUAAAAAUAGUACCAACAACAACAACAGCAAUGGGGAUUGUUUAACUAACAGCAACAAUGUUAACAGUAUUGAUAAAUUAAAAAAUGAAGAAAAUAAAGAAGAUGUAAAUGAUGAAAUAUGUGAUGGAAAUCAAAAAGAUAAUAAAGAUGAAAAAAGAAAAAAGAAAAAAAAUAAGGCAAAUGCAAAUACCGAGAAUGGAGAAAAUAAUAGCGGAAAAGGUAAAGGAAAAGAAGAAAUGAAUACUGAAAAUUAUUUUGAAAAGGAUAAUGAUAAUAAUACGAUGAACAUAAAAAAUAAUAACAAUAAAAAUUCAAGUACUCAUGGUAAAACAGCCAAAGAAAAUAAGCACACAAUAAAAAACGAGAAAAAUGAAUAUGGGCACUAUAACAAUUAUAAUGGAAACAACAAUAAUGAUUGGAGAGCUAAUAAUAACUAUGAUGGAAAUAAUAAAAAUAGUUCAUAUAAUUAUAAAAAUAAUAACAAUGUAAGCAAUGUGAAUAGUAAUACUAAUAAGGAUAAAACUAGUGAAUAUAACGAUGCCGGUGCAAAUAAUAACACACUUAUGAAAGAUUUUAAUAAAAAGAAAGUUUAUAAUAAGCAUGAAAAUAACAAUACAAAUGGAACUGUGAAUAAUUUUCCAAACAAAAAUAGUUACAAAUAUGAUUAUAAUAAUAAUUCCCCAAAUAAUAAUACAAACAAUAGUAGCAAUAAUAAUAAAAAUUACAAUAUUAAAGGAAACAAAAAUUAUAAAAUGAACAAUGUAGUAAAUAAUAAUAACCCUAUACCUUACAUUGAUUAUCCUCAUAAUGAAAAUGGAACAAAUCCAGUAAACAACAUGUUUGUCUAUAAUAACGGUAAUAUACUUAAUCCUGCUAAUAAUAGUGUUAUAAAUGGAAGCAUUAAUAGUAGCAGUAAUAAUAACAAUUAUAUAGGAAAUGGUUAUUUAUAUAAUUAUGCUUAUAACUGUUUCUUUGAUGAAAAUGAAGGUAAAAAUAUGGAUUUAGCCCCGAAUUAUUAUUCUGCAAAAUUCGGCGGAACAGGGCCAGAUGGAUAUAAUGCUAAUAAUACCCCUAACAAUAAUAAUAGAAAUAAUAAUAGCAAUGGUAACGAAGCGAACGCUAUAGAUGCUCGAUUUAAUUAUAAUAAAUUGAUGGGGGAUAUAUAUAAUUACUUACCUAUGAAUUAUUAUUAUUACAAUUUAAAUAAUAUGUAUUUCAAUAAUCCCAACCAUAAUAAUUAUAAUAAUUUUCAUUCUAUAUAUCAUGAUAAUAUGAAAAACCGAAAAAAUAAAAAAUUUUUAUAUGAUAAAAAUAAAAAAAAAAAUUACAAGAAUUUAAAUACAUCGAAUAUUUACAACGAAAUGAAAAAUAGAGUUAUCGAAAUUUUUAAAAGAGAAAAUAUUAUGUCUGACGAUUAUUUGUUAUAUUAUAUGUAUAAUAAUAUCAAAUUAAAUAUUGACGUAAUUGCUAAGCACCCAUAUAUAGCCCCUUUAGUUACCAUAGGAGGAGGAGGAGCUCCCGCUACUUCUGCAAAUAAUGGUAAUACAAAUGCUACUGUUAGUGAUAAUAAUAACAAUAAUAAUAUGGAAAUAUUGGCUAAUGUUUUGAACGAUUUAAAGUGUAUUAAUGUUGGUAAAAGAGAUGAUACCAUUGAUGAUGAAACUAAGAAGGGUAUUGCCGAUUCUGGUAAUAAUGGUGCCAUAGAUGUAAUCGAAGAUUCAGAUAAUACCAAUGCUUUGUUAUCUGGUGAAGUUGGAAAGACUUCAGAUAAUAAUAUAAAAAUUGGUACUUCAGAAGAUGUUGUGGCAUCACAACAUACGGAAGAUGGUGAUAAUGCUUUGAAAAAUAAAUCUGAAAAUAAUGUAGCCUCAGGGGAAGUUGAAAAAGGCGAAACUCCGGAUAGUAUUGAGAAAUUGGGAAAGGAAAACGAAGCGUCAAAAGCAGGAAUUUCCGACAAAGUUGAGGGUACAAAACGUGAAGAUUUUGUAAGUGAAGAUAAAGGUGAAGAAAAAAGUGGAGAUAAAAAUAACGAGAAUGAUGGUAAAGAUAAUAAUGAUAAACCACAAGAAAGUGAUGAAAAAGAUGAGAAAUUAGAGGAUUCAACCGAUGGGGCUGGAAAAAAUGGGGAAGACGAAGAAAAAAAAGAAAAGAAUAAAAUGACGAAAAAAAGUGAAGAAGAAAAAAAUACAGAAAAAUUAUCAUUUGAAGAAGAUAAUAAAAACUUUUUAUUAAAUUUGAACAAUAAAAGAAAUGUAAUAAUAAUAAGAGAUAUAAACUCGCAUUAUAUUAAUGUAAUAAAAAGCAUAGUUUUAAGUACCCCUAAUAUUCAACCUAAUGAUGUAUUAAACAUUCGAAAUGAUGUUAAUAAUACUAUAUUUAUUACUUUGAGAAAUGAAAAAAAAACAGAAGCCUUAGCACAAUAUUUAAAAACCAAAUCAGUAAAUGACAAAAAAUUAAAUGUAAGAAUUAAAACAACACAAAAAAUUCAAAAUAUUAUUGAAAAUAAUAUUUUUAAAAUAUCAAAUGUAGCUAAUAAUAAUCCUCAAGAAAAUAAUAGUAAUACUGGAAAUGCAAAUAAUAAUGUUGAUAGUAGUAGUACUACUACUGUUGCAGGUAGUAGUAUUAAUCAGGGUACUUCAAUAAUCGGAGCAAAUUCUCAAACCGUUAUUGGAGGAAUUCCAAAUUCUUCUAACCCACCUGCAAUGCCUAUAGGGCCUCCAAAACAUUUUUAUAAUUACAAUAAUUUAUAUUAUAUACCUAAUGGGUUAAAUGGUUAUGAUAAUAAUAUGUAUGGGCAUCAUGGAGGAAAUAAUCCCAACCCUCAUUUUGAUGCAUAUUUUAAUUACUACAAUUAUAAUGUUAAUAAUUCAUCUCAUAACUUAUUUCCAAAUAUGAAUAUAUAUGAUCCAUAUAAUGCAUAUAAUAUGUAUAACGAUAUGUAUGGUCAAGGAAAUGAUAUGAAAGGAAAUAAGCAUAUGCAUAAUAAUCAUAAAGGUAUGAAAUAUAUAAGAGGAAUGGAUGGAACUAAUAAUAACAUGGUACGAAUGCCAGGAAAUUAUAAUGGGUUAGAUGGAGAAAACUAUUAUAAUAAUAUGUAUAAUAAUAAUAUUAUGCCAGGGGGCGUAAAUAGUGUAAGUUAUACUAAUGCUCAUUUGGAUAGUGGAAAUAAUAAUAAGAAAAAUGAGAAAUAUAAUGAUGAUUCAAGAAAGUUUUAUGGUGAUAAUGAUAAAAAUAAUAAUGUGGCGAGAGGAUCGAAAAACGCAAAAGAUACACCAAAUGAUGGUAAUAAUAGUGGAAGAAAAAAUAACCGAAACAAUAAUAGUAAUAAUAAUGCAAAAAAUAAUUCAAAAAAUAACUCAAAAAAUAAUAGGAACAGAAGUAGAAGUAGUAGUAAUUGCAAUAAUAACACAAAUGGAAACAAUAAUAAUAAUAAUAGUAAUAAUGGAAGUGGCAAUAAUGGAAAUAGUGGUAAUAGUGGAAAUAGUGGAACUAAUAAUAAUAGCGGAAAUAACAAUAACAAUAGUAAUAGUAAUAAUAAUAGUGGUAAUACUAAUGGAAAUGAUAAUAAGAACAUGAUGAAAGUAAAUGAUUAUGGAAAAAAUUUUAAGUCCAAUAAAAAUAAUAAAAAAGAGCCACAUGGUAUGAAAUAUGAAAAUGUGGGCACAAAAAAUGAUGGUAAAACAUUUGAAAGAAAAAAAGGGAAAGGAUAUUUUAACAAAAAAAAUAUCAAUGCCAUUAGCAGCAAUAAUAAUAAAGGUGUAGAAAAAAAAGCUUCGAACGGUGGAAACGGGGAAGGAGAUGAAGAAUUAGAGAAAAAAAAAAAAAAAAAAAAUGAAAUUAAAAAAAAAACUGAUAUCACUGAAAAUGAAGAUUCAAAUGAUUCAAUAAAAACUGCUCAUGAAAAAAAAAAAAAGCCAUUAAAGAAAGAUAAUGAUAAAAAUAAUAACCAAAUAGAUGGUGAGCAAAAUGGUACCAAUGAAGAUGAGCAUGAUGAAGAUAGAAAAGGUAAUAAAAAGGAAUGGAAAAACAAGGAUAGCAAUAAUUCCAAUUCAUUGGGUACUGAUUCAAAGGAUCAGACAAAAUAUAAUGGUAGAAAUAAUGCUAAUCGAAAAAUUUUCAAUAAUAAAUAUUUUUCAUUCAAAGAUAAGAAUGGAGUUAACUAUGACGAAAAAAAAACGGAGAAAAAUAAAAACAAAAAUGAAGAUAGUAAUAGUACUAACACAACUAACAAUAAUAAUUCAGCUAAUCAAGUUGUUGGAUCAAACAAUGUGGUUCCCGGAGUUAGCAUCAGUCAUAAUAAUGCUUAUGGGAAUCCACAAUUUUUAAAAAAAUAUUCAUAUGCUGAUAUAAUGGAUUCAUGUAAAAAACUAACAAACAAAGAUGCACCUCCUGAAUGUAUUGACAAAUUAAUGAAAGAAAAUGUUUCUCUUUUUAGAAAAGGGGACGAUCAAUUUUGUUGGAAGUUAAACGUUUUCUAA